AUGUUUGUACCAGUCGAAUCCACGUCUGCCCCUGUGCAUCCACAAAUGCCAUCCGCAAAAGAGAUCACUAUUGUAUGCUUAUUAUUCGCUGCUGUUGUUAUCUUCCAGAUCUAUGUAUAUCUGAAAUUGGAAGAUCCUCAAGACAGCAUUGAACAGAUCGACAAAGAGCGCCGAGAGGAAGAGCGGAGGCGACGUAACGACUUGCUAAUGAAAGCAUUAAGUGCCUUCUAA